UUAGUCCUUGCAAACAAAAAAUGUCCAACAAAACAGCUAUAGCUUUCCUAGUAACACUCUUGGCCGUGAUGGCAAAGAGCGGCGCCGUGGCCCCGGUCCUCGAGCUAUACAUGCACGACAUCCUCGGCGGCAGCAACCCGACAGCCCGGCCCGUGACCGGGCUCCUCGGCAACAUCUACAGCGGGCAAGUCCCCUUCGCCCGCCCCCUCGGCUUCCAACCCCCCAAAAACGGCGUGGCCAUCCCCAACGCCAACGGCGCCAUCCCCACCAUCAACGCCAACGGCAUCCCCCUCGGAACCGGCCUCGCGGGGACCGCCUUCGCAGGAAUCCCCAGUAAUAACAACAACAACAACAUCAACACGGCCCAGCUGGGGCCGGACGGGCUGGGGCUGGGGUUCGGGACGAUCACAGUGAUCGACGACUACCUGACGGCGGCGCCGGAGCUGGGGUCGCAGCAGGUGGGGAAGGCGCAGGGAGUGUACGUGGCGAGCUCGGCGGACGGGUCGACGCAGAUGAUGGCGUUCACGGCGAUGAUGGAGGGAGGGGAGUUUGGGGAUAGCAUCAACUUCUUCGGGGUGUACAGGAUCGGGAGCACGAUGUCGAGGCUGUCGGUCACCGGGGGCACCGGGAAGUUUAAGAACGCAUGCGGUUUUGCGGAGGUGAGGUCGCUCAUUCCGGCGGGGCAGCAUGUUUCCGACGGGGUGCAGACGUUGCUCAGGAUGACUGUGCAUCUUACUUACUGAUACCACAUUGCAUUGUUUUAAUUGUGUGUAUGUUUGUAUUGUGGAAUUGAUGAUUCUUGUUUUC